UAGCCUCAUCUCUGUAGCAGCCUCCAGCACAACAUGCCAGAGGCUCACAGCAGAUCCCUUUGCUUGUUGACUGAUUAAGAAGGGACAGAAAAUAUGAAAGCAUAAGGAAGAAGAAGCCCCAGACCGCCGAGGUGGCUCCCCCUUCCCUCGCACCCCUCUCCCCGUCAUGGCGGCGCGGCGGGGCCGGGCCGGGCGGGCCGUCACCUAACGGCAGGCGGGCAGGGCUGCACUGGACGCCCUUAUGUAAGGGCAGAGGCGGGGCCGGCACCGUGGUGGCGGCGGCAGCAGCACCGCCGCUAUGUCCUGGUACCGCAACACCGUGUGGUUCGUGAAGGGGCUGCGGGAGUACACGAGGAGUGGCUAUGAAUCUGCUUCCAAGCACUUCAACCCAGCAGAUCUCGAGGUGAAUGUGGCUGGAAAAUCCUUUCUGAUCACCGGAUCAAACAGUGGCAUCGGCAAGGCCACGGCCAAAGAGAUAGCAAAGAGAGGUGGCACGGUUCACCUGGUUUGCCGGAAUAAGGGACGAGCUGAGGAUGCCAGAGGAGAAAUAGUGACGGAAACGGGCAAUCAGAACGUCUUCUUGCAUAUUGUGGAUAUAUCUAAUCCCAAGGAAAUCUGGAAGUUUGCUGAACAAUUCAAAAAUGAACAUAAAUUAAACGUGUUGAUCAACAAUGCAGGAUGUAUGGUGAACAACAGAGAAUUAACUGAAGAUGGACUUGAGAAAAACUUUGCAACAAACACCUUGGGUACGUACGUUCUGACAACAGCCCUGCUGCCCCUCCUGGAAAAAGAAGCUGAUGCCAGAGUGAUAACUGUCUCUUCUGGGGGCAUGCUAGUUCAAAAACUGGACGUAUCUGAUUUGCAGUCAGGAAGUGGGACGUUUGAUGGGACGAUGGUGUACGCCCAGAACAAGAGACAGCAAGUUGUCCUGACAGAACAAUGGGCAAAAACUCACAGAAACAUCCAUUUCUCUGUUAUGCACCCCGGCUGGGCAGACACUCCAGCUGUGAGGUCCUCGAUGCCAGAUUUCUAUCAGAAGAUGAAGAACAGCUUGCGCACAGAGGCCCAGGGAGCUGACACCGUUGUGUGGCUGGCAGUAUCAUCUGAGGCAACAAAGCUACCGAGCGGCUUGUUCUUCCAAGACAGGCAACCAGUCCCUACACACUUACCGUUAGCAAGCACCCACAGUCCACCAGGAGACGAGGAGAAGCUAAUGGAGCUGCUGGAAGAAUUCUCCCAGAAGUUUAAAUCCCCUUCUUCAGGAACUUAGCAGCACCGUUGACACAACGUAACCACAAAGCUUCUAAUUACAGAGUAACAGUGCUGUAGAGGAGAAGUAGGAUGCUGUAGGCCUGUUAAAGUAAAUUGUAUUCAGGUGUGCUUAUCAUGGGGAGUAGUGGUGCCUGCAAAUCUGUUUUCUUUCUGAGAGAAUCGACCAUUGUCAAUGCGCAGCUGCUGUCUCAAGACUCAGUAAGGUUGUGGUCUUUGAAUUGGAAGGAAAAUGUGGAGGCAUCAAAAUAAAACCCAAGUGCUAACUC